ACUUCCCUGGUAGGCCUCCUGCAAGGGAAGGCUGUAUCCCACUUUGUGUCCCACAGUUGGGCCACUCCGUUUCAGCAUUUUGUCCAGUGCCUACAGCACCAUGCAGCCUUCACCGGCGCCGUAAAUCCAACCUACUGGAUCUGCUCCUUCGCCAACAACCAGUGGGACAUCGCGAGUGAGAUCGGGACCGACGUCCUUGACAGCGCUUUUGCCAAGGUCCUCCACUCACACCUGCAGGGUGUCGUCAUGGUAUUGGAUCAGCAGGUCCAGCCCCUCACACGCGUAUGGUGCCUCUUCGAGUUUCUUCUUGCAAGUGAACGCCAGCACGAUUUGGUCUUUGCAACAGAUCUUGGAGUGCUGGGUGACCAGGGGGCUUCCCCAGACAUUGCUCUACAAGUUGGGCGGGCAUUGCGCACCCUGCAAGUAGUCAACUGUCUCUCGUCUGUCGAGGAGGACAGGCAGAAAAUCUUCCAGUUCAUACGGUCCAAGAUGGGAAGCCUCGCAAAUAUGGACAUUCAAAUUAAGCAGCGGAUGAGCCGAAUUCUGCAGCGCCUGGGAACUAUGCCCGUAAACGCUCACGUUGCAUUACGUGAGGGGUUCUUGCCAGCGUGA